CUCAACUCCGACAGGGAAAGUGGCUCCAAUGCGCAUUCUAUCACAGUGGAUGUGAAGACAGGCUGAAACACUCGUUGGAGAACAUUUUACUCCCCUUUUCGGAUUAAUUUUCCAUCUCGUGUUUGAUUCAUUUGGGGUUAGAAUAUUAAUUUUGAAAAGCCAGUGCUUCUGUGCGCACUCGAUCCUGCGCGCGCCUGAGCUAUCUUGAAAAAGACUUUUUCUCUGUUGGUGGUGAAGUUUAAAAGCAGGUGAAUGUAUAGCAUGAUGAUGGAAACUGACCUCCAUUCCCCCGGCCCCCAAACGAACACGAGCACGGGGCAAACGGGGCCGAACAGCGGGUCCAAAGCGAACCAGGAACGGGUGAAGAGACCGAUGAACGCGUUCAUGGUUUGGUCCCGCGGGCAGCGGAGGAAGAUGGCACAGGAGAACCCCAAAAUGCACAACUCUGAGAUCAGCAAGAGGCUCGGCGCCGAGUGGAAGGUGAUGUCCGAGGCUGAGAAGCGCCCUUUCAUCGACGAGGCGAAACGGUUGCGAGCCAUGCACAUGAAGGAGCAUCCGGAUUACAAGUACCGGCCCAGGCGGAAGACCAAGACGCUGCUGAAGAAGGACAAAUACUCCCUCGCCGGUGGACUGCUUUCUGGGCCCAGUGGGGGCGGUGGAGUUGGUUUAGGGGUCGGGAUGAGUUCAUCCGGGGUCGGGCAGAGGUUAGAGAGCCCCGGGGGUCACGGAGGCUCCGCCAGCUCCGGCUACGCGCACAUGAACGGCUGGGCGAACGGCGCGUACUCGGGGCAGGUGGCUGCAGCAGCGGCGGCCGCAGCGAUGAUGCAGGAGGCUCAGCUCGCCUACAGCCACCCGGGGAGCGGAGCUCACCACCACCACCACUCACACCACCACCACUCACACAACCCGCAGCCCAUGCACCGCUACGACAUGACGGCGCUGCAGUACAGCCCCAUCUCGAACUCUCAGAGCUACAUGAACGCUUCUCCAUCCGGCUACGGCGGGAUCACCUACACGCAGCACCAGGGCUCCGGCGUCUCUUCCUCGGCUGCCAUGGGGACGUUAGGGUCGCUGGUGAAGUCGGAGCCGAGUAUUUCUCCGUUGUUGGAAUAACAUCUGCACUGGAACUUUUUGACAAGAGAAACAGUCCACCACAGCCGUCACUGGUGGACACGGAUCCCUGUGGGGGCCUGUGAUUAACAGAUAGCAGCUCGUCUCCUCUGCUGGCAGGCCAUCAUUACCACAAGCACUAGAAGACAGGUGAUGUGGGCGAAAAGACCUUUUGGAAAAUGUCAGCGACAGUCAGAGCCCCAAAUUUUCUCCAUUUACUCUUUCCCUUGUGAUGCUACCUACUCUAAACCCCUUCAUUACGCAAUCUCUUCCUCCUAUUGAGUAAUGUUUUGUAUCGAAGUACAGUGUCUGAUUUCAGAGUUUUAUUUUAUCUUAUGAUCGGAGGAAGAAAAAAAAAGAAAAUCCCAGCCCUGUUUUUCAGCAGAAUCGGCAGGGAUAAACACAAACAGAGAAUAAAGAAUGAAAAGGAAACAGCAGUGUCGGCAACUGCUCCCCUUUUGCUUUUUUCUCCUUUCACUGGAGCCAGAUUCACUGUCUUAAUACUCUUAGUCCCUCUGUUGGCAUGUUUUCCAAGAACCCGCUGCAUUUUUAGAUUUGUAAAAUCCGUCAAAAUGCCUGUAAUGAAUAUUUCUGCAGCCCUGAGUGUAUUUAAUGUGAUGUGUGACCGGCCUAGUGAGACACAUGAACUGAUUUGGCACUGAAGAGGGUUUGUUGUCAUUCCUGAGGUCAGUGUGGAAACCAUUAUUCUUAAUUCUUACUCUUAACAUUACUGAGUUUUGUUUUGUUCAGACCUUUCCUGUGAAUGAAUCUUUGUAUCAUGUACAUUUUUUGUUUUCAAGCCUAAGAGGGUGUUGAGGCCAUUUGGUGGCUUGACCGUGUUAAUGCAAAAAAACAUGUUUGGGUUUUUUUCAAUAGAAUUUUGACAAAUUUAAUAUCAUAACCUGUAAUCGGUCAAUAAGAAGCUCUGUACAUCUUUUCGCAUACACUCAGGAUGUUCAUAACCAAAAAUGUCCCAUUGAAACCCAUUUAAACCACAAUUUUGAUCCCCUAGCCAUCACAAUGAAAAAAAAAACAUGAAUUCUAUGAUAUUAGACUUAAUUCUGGAGUCACUGCUUCAAAUUUGCAGUUUUUCCUGUUUGUCAACAGAUAUCAGCUGUUUCCCCAAAUUUGGCAGGAGGGGAUAUUGCAUUCAUUUUUCCUGGUUUCUGGUAGGGGCUUUAGUGUAAUAAAUUAUAGAAAAUAAUGCAGAAAAAUCUGAGUUGUUGCUCAUUAUUAGCUGUGAUAAUACCAUUUUGGGAAUUCCAAAAUAAAUGUAGUUUAUAAAAUAUAGUUGUUUACUUUAUAUAAAGAUAAUAAACUGGCAUUAAAAGGGUCAAAUUCCUUAAAAGAAAAUCAAUAUUUGAUAUUUAUAAUAAGGUCUAAUCUUGGUUGCUAACAAGUGAAAAGAAAUUUAACAUACACUAUUUUUAUCGGUAUUAAUGUAUGAGCUCCAUUUGUGGACACAAACCACCUAAGUGGAACGUUUUAUUAAAACCAUUAAAUAAAUAAAUUAAAAAAACAUAAUCAAAGUUGUUGCCCAUUAGUAACAUACUCAAGGCUGUUAUUUCCAUCAAGGAAUUCCAAUUUAAUUUAUUAUGAAUAAUAUUUAAAGGUGCAAUGUGUAAUAUUUAGCCAAGUAGCAUUUAGCGAAACUAAACAGGUACAAAUAGAGAAUCAUAUUCAUAAGAAGGCCUGUCUAAAUCAUUGUUUUUUAUAAUGUGAAUAUCCAAAAUGGUUUCAUUUUAGUUUAACCUUGACCGUUCCAUUUAUUCAUAUAUAAAUUAUAAGUCCAAACAGUUGAAGGCUGUUGAUAAAAAAUGAGUUGUGUUAACUUAAAAUCCAAAUUAGCUGUUUCAGCACUAUUUCUCUGAACACAUUUUUAGUUUUAAGUAAACAAUCUUCAACCAUUUAGGUAUUUUUGGCAUUGUACUCAAAUAAUUUGAAAAUUGUCCCUUUUUCAAGAAUGUCUUUGGGCAGUAGACACUUUUGCACCAUAAAUUAAGUUACUGACUAAGUUAAAGAAGUCCCGCCUUAUGGACCACCUUAAAAAAAUUGCCUCAAUUAGUUACAAUGUCUUUUCAAUUCAAGCUUACUUCAUGCAACUUGUUAACUUGAGUUGAAUAAACCUAGUUAAUUUUUUUUGUAACACAUCAUGGCAUUUUUUUCUUUUUUUAUUGUGUGGGGACCAUCAACAAUACACAAUGGAUAGUAUACUGAGCAUUAUGGAAGAGGA